CCGAAGGCAAAGCCUAAGCUAAAGCCAAAGCCGAAGCUAAAGCCAAAGCCGAAGCCUAACCCUAAGCCACAGCCUAAGCUGAAAGCUAAGGCUCAGCCUCAGCCUCAGCCUCAGCUUAAAGCUAAUGCUAACGCUAAGACUGAGUCCAAGAUUAAGCCUAAGCCUAACCCUAAGCCUAAGCUUAACCUUAACCUUGAGUCUAAAUCUAAGCCUAAACCUAAACCCAAGCCUUAG